AUGCAUCCAGGCGAUGUUUGGGAAUCGUCCGUGGCUAAGUGGCUAGUAAGCCGUCCAGAUCUUGCUCGAAAAGGCAGGGGCCAGAUCUGUGGCACAAAGCAAGGGCUGCCUUCCGAAAACGUCGCCCCUGGCGGGCCUGUUGGAGGUGCCUUUUGGAAGGAGCAUUCGGCGCGCACAGGACAGAACAGGCAGCUGCGCCAACCAAUGACAGUGCGGAAGGAGCAAGUGGCACCGAAUAAAAGCCAAAAAAUACGACAGCCAGCACUGGCCCCUUCUGGUUUUGGCAGGAGCUUGUGCGUCCAGAGUGGCUCCAGUGGAUUCUGGUGA